AUGUUUAUUCAAACGUGGCAUCCAACAAAUCAAGCUUCGCCACCUUCUCGAAGUUGUUUGGGAACUUCAGGAAACUUUGAAUUAGUUAAAAACAAAUAUGUAAGAUUUACAAUUCGUACGAGUGGUUCAAUAAUUGAUGAAUUGACACUUAUCCUCUUUGAUGAGACAUCAACUACUGCAAUUUGCACAGUCUCAGCUGUAGGACAAAGUGCUGACUGGAUGGAUUGUGAACAGAAUGGAAUAAAGCCCUCGUUUGUAAAAACAGCAACACAUGAAACAUUAACUGUCUAUUAUGCUAAAGCAAAUUUUACAACCAUUGUAACACGUGAUGUAACUGUUUGGUGUUUCAAUGAGUCCUGUAUUGAUGAUAGUUUAUGUUCAAAACAAAAUUUACAAUGCCAUUUUGGUCAUUGCUUGUGUCCAUUGAAUCAAUUCUGGGCUGGAUAUGAAAAACAUUGUAUUCCAUGUCCUACAGGAUGGAUUAAUCUUAUUGUUUUUUGUAUUUAUUACGAACAUCAAAUCAUGGAUUGGUUAAGUGCUCAAACAACAUGUCGACAAAUGAUCGAUUCAACAAAUAAAACAAGUCGAUUACUUGAAAUGAAUAAUCUAGAUGAAUAUAAUUUCAUUCAAAAAUAUAUUAAACAAAUAUUAACAGAUAAUCAAAUGAAAAUAGAAGUAAAUAAUAGUAAAGGAAUAUUAUCUAGUACAAUUGCAUUUAUUGGUAGUCUAGGAUUAAAAAGUUCAACAGCAAAAUGGACCUAUCGUUGGGGAAAUAAGUCUUCUAAUACAUAUACAAGUACUAAUCCAAUGUGGUGUAAAGAAAAACAUUGGAAUUCAAUAAUAUUUCCAGCUGAACCAGCAUGGGAACAAAAUAAAACAAUCAACAAAACUUUUCAAGCAUUUAAACGAUGGAAUGAUUCAAAUGAUGGAUGUCUUGUUUCACUUUUAUCAACAACUAAACAACCAUUUCUUUGUGAAAUCAUCGGUGAAUCAGGAAGACUUAAUAAUCAAUCUAUUAUAUCUUUUAUUUCUCUUACUAUAACAACCAUAAUAUCAUCAACAACAAGAAAACGAACUAUAACUAGUGAUCCUUCAUCAUCAUUAAUCUCUCAACAAUUAUCAACAUCAUUUUUUAAUAGAACUACAACAUUAAAAUUGAAUGUGACAAAUGAAGAAUCAGGUUUAAAAAAUAAACAAUUUUUAUUUAUUAUUAUUGGAAUUAUUGGUAUUGUUUUAUUAAUAACUCUUCUUAUCAUUAUUAUUAAUAUUAAACAAAAGAAACAAAAAUCAUCUAAAAAUUUAAAAUCAACUAGAAAAAAAUCAUUAUCUGAUUCAAAAAUUGAUAAAAAAAAUCUAGAAGAUUUACAAUCAAAUGAUUCAUUUGAUUCAGAUUUAACAGCUGAAAGUACUACUCAAAAAUCUAUAAAAUCAACAGGACUAUUCACUGACAAUCAGUCAUUAACACCAAGUAACUCAAACUCUAGUAAUGCAACGAAAGCUGCUUUAUGGGAUGAAAUGGAAUCAUCAUUAUUUUCUUCAACAUCUCGUGAUCCUAUCAAACAUCAAUCUUCAUAUCAAAAAACUAAACCUUUGUAA